UAAACCUGGUUGCCAGUUAUUACAUUGACGAUAUGCUCCGUCUCCCGGGUUCUUGCCCUGCUAGUACCUUCUGUUCAUUUCACAUGUGCAUGGGGAGAAAUGUCGAACGCUCUAAGGAGGUUGAAGAGGUUGCGGAGGGGUCCCGUGACGAGGAGAGGGCGAUUGUCCCGGCAAUGUUGUCCAUCGGUAAUGAUAAUGAGGUCAUCGCACCCUCUGGACGCCCAGCCCAGGCGCAUCCUUUACGGGCCAGAUGGCAUCCCGACGGGAGUUGAUGCUGAAAGCAUCCACCGUCGUGGUAAUGGUGGUGGUGGGGUCAUGUCCGGUAGAAGGACGCGGGAUGACGCGAUGCUGGCGCUGCAGGCGCUGCAGGACGACGGUCUAGGCCUGUUAGGCAAAACACGUCCCUACGAUCUGUUAUCGGUUUCAGCUCCCGGGGAUGGUAAAUGGCCGGAUAGCUCUGGGUCUAUUGCUAUUGAUUUCUUUCCGAAGCCACGCCCACGCCCACGCCCUGGCAAGGUUCUUGAUGGCAUGGCCGCCUCAGCAAAUAAGCAACCAGCGGCCCAUUGAUGCAGGAGGGGGGAGGAGGAGAGUCCAUAGAACGGGGCAUGGAUCAACAUGCGCCGAUAGAUAGUCUAGUUCCAAGGUCGUUGAUCGCUGCAAACCUAAUCUUCCACUGGAGCCCAACGCCACGGCGCCAGCAUGAAGUCAAUCCCCAAGCCAUUGGCGACUGACUCCCAGCCAGUUCGGGAGGGGGGAGGGGACUUCAA